UUUCCCAUUAUUUUCCAAUAGAGUAAGCGCGAAAUUUGUUUUAGCAGAUUAAAAAUUUUAUUCCAUUUUUGUUUUAAGCCAGGUUUAUUGUUUUAAACAUAAGUUCUUACCGCAGGAACGUAUUCACGACGUUGAAAAUGGAAGACUUUCAGAAAAUUGAAAAGAUUGGUGAAGGCACAUACGGCGUGGUUUAUAAGGGCCGCAAUCGAGUAACAGGAAAAAUAGUAGCGAUGAAAAAAAUCCGGCUGGAGUCUGACGAUGAAGGAAUACCAUCAACAGCCAUAAGGGAAAUAUCGCUGUUAAUGGAGCUGAAGCAUCCAAACAUUGUCUGUUUGGAAAAUUUUCUAAUGGAAGAAAACAGGUUAUACCUAAUCUUUGAAUUCUUAUCUAUGGACUUAAAGAAAUAUAUGGAUACAUUGCCGCCAGGAAAACCAAUGGAAACUGAGUUGGUGCGGAGUUAUUUGUAUCAAAUAACAAGUGCAAUUUUAUUCUGUCACCGACGUAGAGUUCUUCAUCGAGAUCUGAAGCCUCAAAAUUUGCUUAUAGAUAAGCAGGGUGUAAUAAAGGUAGCGGACUUUGGACUUGGUCGUUGUUUUGGUAUCCCAGUUCGCAUCUACACCCAUGAAAUUGUUACUCUUUGGUACAGGGCACCAGAAGUUUUAUUGGGUUCACAACGAUACUCUUGUCCAGUGGACGUUUGGUCCAUUGGUUGCAUAUUCGCUGAAAUGUCUACAAGGAAACCACUUUUUCAAGGCGACUCAGAAAUUGACCAACUUUUCCGGAUAUUCAAAAUUCUAAAGACACCAACUGAGGAAACGUGGCCUGGGGUAACAACUUUACCAGAUUAUAAAAGUACCUUUCCAUGUUGGUCGACAAAUGAGCUUACUAACCAGUUAAAAAAUUUGAAUGAACGAGGAAUAGACUUGAUUCAGAAAAUGCUUAUUUAUGAUCCUGUACAUCGUAUUUCUGCUAAAGACAUUCUAGAGCAUCCAUAUUUUGACGAUUUUAGGUUAACAAUUAAAAACAAUGAAAUUUAGAAAUGAGACAUUAAUUUUAAACAUACAAAUAUCAUAAAAGAUGCUAAAUUUAUAAUACUAAUAGUAUAAUACGGCGGCCGCCUUAGCUGAAUGCAUUGGUACGUGAUUACCAUUAGGAGUACGAGUUUCCGUGCAUGAAAAACCUAAAUAAAAAAAGUUUUUCCUAAUACCGGUCGCCCCUCGACAGGCAAUGGCAAAUCUCCGUGUGUUUGCCGUUCGGAGUCGGGUUAAAACUGUGGAUCCCUCCAUUUGUGGAACAGCAUUAAGACGCACGCCACAAAUUGGUCGAGGAUCUCCGCCCAACACCAAAAGGGUGUAAGCGUAAAUCACAUAUAAUAUUUUAUUUUUACAUUAAUUAAAAUGUUUACUUAAAUGUAAUUAAAUGAAUAUAUAUAAUUCAACAUA